UUUCUGACAAACAGGCAUUCAGCGGGGCUGUUCCAGAAUCGUAAGAUGAUUUUGCUCAGGGUGCUCAGUAGUAACAUUGAAGUUGGUAACGCGGCGCGGGCGUCGUCACGUGACCGACAACGUCGUUAGUCCCGAGUUGUGAGCGCUUCAGGUCAAGAUAAUGGGCAAAUCGCCGACGCCAUUCUAGCACCAUAAAACCUACCUAAAGUUACUAGGGCUGCCCUGUUGAUUGGAGAUGAAACGAGAGCUGGAGUCGUUGGCCGGAGACCAUGAAGUGGAUGCUCCACGAACGAAGCGACGCAAGGAACAGCUAACAGCUGCUCAACUACCAAUUGCGACGACAACGGAGAACGCAAACGCUAGCAACGAUGAGGAGAAGCUGGACAUGAGCGGCUCAAGCGCUGACCAGGGGACGUUAAAGGAGCAGGCAAUGAGGUUGUGGCAGGUGGUCAGGGAUGCAGUCAACAAAGAAGGCAACAUAUGCUCACCGCCAUUCAUUCGUUUGCCGUUGAAACGCCAGUAUCCUGACUACUAUUUUGUUAUCGCGCAACCUAUAUGUUUGGAUGACAUCAAGAAGAAAAUAGAUGAUGGCCGUUAUCCUUCGCUCGACGACGUCAGACAAGACUUCGAACUAUGCUUCACUAACGCAAAGCGGUAUAAUAUGAAGGACAGUCCUAUCUGGCUGGAUGCCAAGUUCCUUCUCAAAGUCGCGAAUAAGGAAUUUUCCAAAAUUACGGGGAAGAAGGUGAAGAAGAGCGGUGAAGACGAGGACAACGGGGAGGAAAAGGAUGAAGGUGAAGGUGACGACGACAAGAGAAGGAACAAACCUCCAAAUAUGAACCGUCUCCUCAAGGCAAGGCUUCAGAAGCUGGUGGAGAAAACAGAUGAAGAAACGCAUCGAGUCCUUUCUGACGCCUUCAUGGAGAUGCCAUCAAAGAAAGACUACCCCACGUAUUAUAAGGAAAUCAAACGUCCCAUAUGCAUCGAGACUAUAUUCAAACGUCUGAAACGCAAAGAAUAUUCUACAUCGGAGGAGUUUGCAAAUGAUGUCGAGCUGGUGUUUUCCAAUGCUUUAACAUUUAACCAGGACCACAGCCAGAUCUGGGAAGAUGCUGUUACGCUACGGGACUACUUUCGUCAAUUGAUGUCUGAUCUCCCUCCCCCUUACACGCUUUCCAGAUACAUGAAGGCUACAGGGAAAAUUAAGCUGAAAGUCCCAGGCGGAGCAACGACAACGAUCGCGGCAUCCACAUCUUCUCCACAGGGUACUGGGGUUUCAAAGGACCAACCAGCAACGCAAGCCCCACUAACGCUUCGUUUGCCUGCGGCGAGUUCUGUUAUCACUACCAAAAUUCCUGCUCGCCCCUCCGAGCCGUCGCCUCAAGCAUCUACUUCUGCAGCUCCAGCGGCACCGGCACCUUCGCCCGUACCUACACCGAUAUCCGCACCAGCACCAGCACCAGCAGCUGCCCAAGCCCCGCCUUCUGUUCCGGUCUCGGCCACGCCGGUCACGCCCUCUCCCUCCAUCCAGACCCCGAAUGUAGUGGUACUGCCGAAAAUUGCUGCCCCCACCCCCAAGGUUGCUGCUCAGCCCCUUACCUACGCUACACCUACACAGUACACCCAUUACCCCAACGCAGCAUACCGCCAAUCUACACAGACUACUGCAACACCGCAGUCGUCUACGGUGACUUCAACCUCAUCCACCAAACAGCAUACUGCUCAUUCGGUGUCGAGAUCCCCUGCUCCGUCUCUCAGUGGUCAUCGACCUCUUGCAACAGUUUUGAUUGUCACAAAACCUCGGGGACGACCACUUUGGCUGGAUUAUCGUGACGGUGUCAAAUCUUGGGCGCUGAGGCUUGGUCAAGGGGAACAAUCAUUGUCAAUUGUCGAUGUCAAAUUCCUCCGCGAGGAAGAUGGAGAUAGCAGCGAGGAAGAAGCCCGCGAUGACGCAGAAGGCGCGGAAGAGGCUGAGGAGCCAACCCCUAAGAAGCGCGGACGGGGUCGUCCAGCAAGAGGCGGUAAAGCCAAAGGUUCUGCCUCUGGGAAGGAGGUUCAUGUCCCUAAGAAGUCUCAAGCGGCGACCACCCCUCCGCGUGAGAACAUCCAAGUUGUACUAAACGGUACGCCGGCAUCAGCAAAGGCUAACCAAGGAAUAUGGGAAAUCGAACUGCAAACUGGCACAAACAUUUUGGAAGUGGGAGAGAAGGGAGGUCAUACCUGGAGGGUCCAUAUGGAAAGGUCAUCCGUCGUUUGAUGGUCUUGGUGAUGUUCUAUCACCACCUUCGCUACUUAGUCCUUU